AUGAAUUUAAAAACACUUUUUUACGUUUCGUUUUUAACGAUUUCACUUAGUCAUAUCGUAUUAUCAUUCGUCGAUUACUAUAGCACAGCCCCUUAUUCCACACCAGGACCUCCUUCACCCGCUACCCAAAUCUAUAGUACUAAAAUAAAGGGAACAAAAUUUAAUCAUCAUGAUUUCGAAGCUUACGUGGAUAAGGUGGCCAAAAAAUUGGUCAAGAUGUUACAAGGUGUUAAAAUUUUAUUGAAACAUAAUAAGGAUAAAAGAUCAAUAAGGAUCAAUCCCAUAGAUGUUGUGCUAGCAAUAGACGCUAGUGGUGCCAUGGGUCUAGAUAAAUUCGAGUGUGCCAAAUAUUUUGCUAAAUUCGUCAUAGAGAAUCUAAAUUUAAUCAAUGAUGUGAGUAUAGCAGGAACAAAUAUCGGUAUAGUCACAUUUGCUAAAGAAGCUAAAACAAAUUUAUACAUGGAGAAUGGGAUAGCAUUAGACAAAAUCAAUCAAAAAUUAAUUAAUUUAAAAUACAUGGGAUAUAAAAAAAGCGCGAAAGACAAGGCACUUAAAGAAGCCUUGAAGAUGCAUUACCAAUCUAUGAGGCCAUACUCGAUUAAAAUGGUUAUAAUUUUUAGUCCAAAUGGUGCCAAAAAUUCGAGUUCUAUUACCGAUUAUAAAAUAUUGAAUGAUACAUAUAAAGAUAAAGGUAUAAAAUUAUUUGGUGUGGUAAUGGGAGGUCAAGUUGAUCAUAAAGAAAAUUCUAUUGAAUCAAUAACCGAGACAUUUUAUCCCUACAUUCAUGUUCCGCCUAUAUGCGACUUAUUGUAAAGCAUUUUACAACAUUCCAUUUUUGACAUAUUACCCAUCUUUCCAAAAUUAGCUUACAGUAUAUAAACAAUUUAUAUUAUUAGGAUAUUGUUCUCUUAUAAAUAAUAGUAUACAUAUAAUUAGAUCUUCUCUAUGUGUAUGUAUUUUUAUUUUUAUUUCAUACUUUAUCAAAUGUGUUAUUUAUAUAUUUAUAAA